AGUAAUCGCCGCUGUGUUUAAGCAAUAGCUUUUUUUCUUCAAUGAAUCUCAAAACUUGAUCUCUUCUCUCUUUUCUUCAUUCUUGGAAUCAAAUUUUUCCAAGAAAAUGAUACAAUGGACUGCUUUACCUUUGCAUACUCCAUUCCCAUUUCGUUCAGGUCAGUCAUCAAUCUCACUUUUCUUUUCUUUCAUCAAAUCUUUCCCAUUUUCCAUCUCUUCUUCAAUCCAAGAACAAUCACAAUCACAACCCCCCAUUGAACACCAACUCCUCAAUCUCCUUUCACAUCCAAAUUGGCAAAAACACCCUUCUUUAAACACUCUUAUUCCUUCACUUUCCUCUUCAAAUCUUUCCCUUUUCCUCUCACAAAACCCUAAUCUUAAUCCCCAUAUUGCCCUUUCUUUCUUUAAUUACCUUUCCCAUCACCCUUCUUUCAAACUCAAUGUUCAAUCUUACGUACCCCUUUUACGUAUUUUAAUUUCCAAUAAGCUUUUUCGGGUUGCAGAAAAAACCCGACUUUCUAUGAUUAAAUCAUGUGUAACACCUGAAGAUGUUGUUUUUGUUAUGGGUUUUGUGUUAGAUAUGAAUAAAUGUAGUGAUGGGUUGAGUUUUAAGCUUAAUGGGUGGGCUUAUAAUACCUUAUUGAUGUCGUUAUCGCGAUUCGUUAUGGUUGAUGAGAUGAAAUGUGUGUAUAAUGAGAUGUUGAAUGAUAUGAUUAAGCCUGAUAUUUAUACUUUUAAUACAAUGAUUAAUGGUUAUUGUAAAAUGGGUAAUGUUGUUGAAGCUGAGGUUUAUUUGAGUAAGAUCUUGCAAGCUGGUUUGAGUCCCGAUACACAUACUUAUACGUCGUUUAUUUUGGGGCAUUGUAGGAAAAAGGAUUUGAAUAGUGCUUUUAAGGUUUUUAGGGAAAUGUCGAAAAAGGGUUGUCGAAGGAAUGUGGUUUCGUAUAAUAAUUUGAUUCAUGGGUUGUGUGAAACGAGGAGGAUUGAUGAUGCUAUGAAGUUGUUUUUGGAAAUGGGAGAGGAUUUUUGUUCGCCUAAUGUUAGGACUUACACGGUUCUUAUUGAUGCAUUGUGUCGAUUGGAUAGGAGGGAAGAAGGGUUGUGUUUGUUUAAUGAAAUGAAGGAGAAAGGCUGUGAGCCGAAUGUUCAUACUUAUACUGUUCUCGUCGAUGGUUUGUGUAAAGACUCAAAGCUGGAUGAAGCAAGAAAGUUAUUAAGUUUGAUGUCGGAAAAAGGGUUAGUUCCGAGUGUAGUGACGUACAAUGCUUUGAUUGAUGGAUACUGUAAGAAAGGUUUGGUUGAUGUUGCAUUAGAUAUUUUUCACAUGAUGAUGGAAUCGAAUAAUUGUGUCCCAAAUGUACGUACGUACAAUGAAUUGAUUUCUGGCUUUUGUAGGACGAAAAAAGUGCAUAAGGCAAUGUCGUUACUUGAUAAGAUGCUUGAGCGUAAAUUGUCUCCUAGUAACGUCACUUUUAACUUGUUAGUUCAUGGACAGUGUAAAGAGGGUGAAAUAGAUAAUGCAUUUAGGUUGCUUAGAUUGAUGGAGGAGAACGGUUUGGCUCCUGAUGAGUGGACUUAUGGUACUCUAGUUGAUGGCUUAUGUGAAAGAGGUAGACUUGAAGAAGCUAAUACCGUUUUUAGUUCUCUGAAAGAGAAGGGUAUAAAGGUUAAUGUUACAGUGUACACUGCUCUAAUUGAUGGACAUUGUAAGGCUGAAAAAGUUGAUUUUGCCUUGACAUUGUUUAAGAAAAUGAUUGAGGAAGGUUGCUCCCCAAACGCAUGUACUUAUAAUGUGCUGAUUAACGGGUUAUGUAAACAGGGUAAGCAGCUAGAAGCAGCCCAAUUACUUGAAAGGAUGAAAGAAAGUGGUGUUGAACCUACAAUUGAAUCCUAUAGUAUCUUGAUUGAGCAACUACUAAAAGAAUGUGCCUUUGACCAUGCAGACAAAGUUUUUAGUUUAAUGGUUUCUAGGGGACACAAGCCUGAUGUCUGCAUUUACACUUCCUUUCUUGUUGCAUAUUACAAUGAAGGGAAAUUGAAAGAAGCAGAAGAUGUGAUGGCUAAGAUGGAAGAGGUAGGAGUUAGGCCAGAUUUGAUGGCCUAUACAGUAAUGAUUGAUGGUUAUGGUCGUUCAGGGUUAUUAAAUCGAGCCUUUGAUAUGCUAAAAUGUAUGUUUGAGGCUGGAUAUGAACCUUCUGGUUACACCUAUUCCGUUUUGAUCAAACAUUUGUCCCAAGGAGGACUUGAUCUUAAUAUUGCUGACGUGUGGAAAGUAGUGAAAUAUGAAACUUUGCUUAAACUCUUGGAUAAAAUGGGGGAACAUGGAUGUCCUCCAAAUACAAAUGUUUUUAGUUCGCUUGCUAUUGGACUCUGUAGAGAAGGACGCCUCGAGGAAGCUUCGAGGUUAGUUGAUCAUAUGCAGAGUUGCGGAAUGUCUUCUUGUGAAGAUAUAUACACCUCAAUGGUAAAUUGUUGUUGCAAGUUGAGAAUGUAUGAGGAUGCAGCAAGAUUUCUUGGCACUAUGCUUACACAAGGUUUUUUACCACGCUUAGAGUCGUACAAGCUCCUUAUAUGUGGGUUGUAUGAUGAUGGAAACAAUGAUAAAGCUAAGGCGAUCUUUUUCCGGCUUCUUGAUUGUGGGUACAAUAAUGAUGAAGUAGCUUGGAAGCUUCUAAUUGAUGGGUUACUUAAGAGGGGACUUGUAGAUAGAUGUUCUGAGUUGUUGGAUAUUAUGGAGAAAAAUGGUUCUCGACUUAGUUCCCAAACAUAUUCAUUGCUGCUAGAGGGACUCGAUAGAACAGACAACAAAUAAAGUAUGAAAUUCCCUUAUUAUCCUGUUACUUGAAUAAUGAUUUCUCAUUUCCGUUCCUGUGGGCUAUUCUUUUAAGGGGAAUUUGUCAUCCAUGAGAUCAAUUUGGAGUCAUCGUAUGGUAUAUGCAGCUACUUCUGACAGGGAGUGCCACCACUUGAUGUGGCGGAACUGUUGGCAUAUUAGUUCAGUCACGCCCAUUUCUGGUUGAAGGAGGGUCCUCACUGUUUACAACAACAACAUACCCAGUGUAAUCCCACGAAUGGGGUCUGGGGAGGGUAGAGUGUACGCAAACCUUACCCCUACCUUGGGAGGUAGAGAGGCUGUUUCCAAUAGACCCUUGGCUCAAGGAGGGUAGAUUAAGGAGGAUUCUCACUGAUUAAAGUGUCCUUCAGUGUACUGUUCACCGUUAUGAAGAUGGAUUUUGGGCAGAUUCUACCAAGCAGAACCUAUCAGGUGAUGAAAGGUGUGUAGCAAUAGUCACAGCUGCUAAGCUUCCUUGGAUUAUGGGAACUCCUAUAAAUCUUCUAUUCCGAGCUGCUUACUUAGCCAAAUCAGAAAAGAAGAAUGUUAAGUUGCUGGUUCCAUACACAAUUGACUCGAGGAGUGAAUUGGAUUCAAGGCUGACUUCAAGAUUUCGUUUUACCCUGGAAAGUUCUCCUAAGAAAGGCGGGGUAUAAUACCAGCUGGAGACACUUCUUAGUUUAUCUUAGCAAGGGAUGCCGGUAUUGCAAUUUUAGAGGAGCCAGAACAUCUCAACUGGUACUACCCUGGUAAACGUUAGACUGAUAAAUUUUAUCAUGCUGCUGGCAUCGUCCACACAAACUAUUUGGAAUAUGUCAAGAGGGGAAAGAAUGGGGUUCUUCAAGCUUUUAUUGUGAAGCACAUUAACAAUUGGGUCACGAGAGCAUAUUGUGACAAGGUAUGUUUAGUCUAUGGACUAAUUCUCCAUGGGAAAAGGAGAAAAAGGAAAACUGUUGGUUGCAUGGCAUUAAGCAAUGGAAGAUGCUUUAAUUGUAAACACCCUGCCUCUUAUUUCAUGUUUGUCCUAUUUGAGAUGUCAAUCUCACUGUUUAGGUUCGUUGCCUUUCUGCUGCUACACAGGAUUUACCCAAGUCUCUUGGUCUGCGAUGUUCAUGGUGUCAAUCCCAAAGUUUCUGAAAAUAGGAGAAAAAGCAGCUGCAGAUAGACAAAGCGGCCUGAAAGUUUUCUCUAAAGGAGCAUAUUUCUUAGGCAAAAUGGUUUGCAAGAAGGGAUUUUGGGAGUUGAUAGAUCUGUUAGCAAAAGCACAAAACUGACCUUGAUGGGUUUAAUUUGGAUGUAUUUGGCAACGGGGAAGUUGCUCACGAAGUGCCGAGUACAGAGGUAGAGAUGAUGCAGAUGAUUCUCUUCAUGGAUUGUCCACCAUAUGCAAGCUGGAAUGAUCCUCCAGUAGCUUCUAUUCCUUGCCUCAAUCCCAGCCUCCUCCCAGCUAGAGAUUGUCAACAAUCUUGCUAGCCAUUGUCCAAGAUAUGCCUCUGAGAU